GCUGCCGCCAGCGAGCAGCGGCCGCGAGGAGCUACGAGCGAAGCGUGCGAGCCCGCUGGGCCGCCAGCGCGAAUGUGCGCCUUCUGAUGCGCGGCGUGACGAGCACGAGCAGCGAUGGCUUCUGCCGAGGCGACGUCGCCCGCGCCCAACAUGUCGCCGGGCGAGCUGGAGUGCAUGCGGGAGCGGAAGUGGUGGUGCUUCCUGCUCUCCAGCAUCUUCACCUUCCUGGCGGGCCUCUUCAUUAUCCUGAUCUGGCGAGCCCUGGCCUUCCUCUGCUGUCGCAAGGAAAAGGCAGGCGCCUACAGUCCCGGGGCGCCAAAGCAGCCAACCGCCAAGAAAGCACCCCCGGGCGCCGCCGACGCCAAGCGCAAGGCCGGGGAAGGGGCCGCCGAAAUCGGGUUCAUGACGGAGGCCAAGGACUGGGCAGGGGAACUCAUCUCGGGACAGACCACCACAGGCAGGAUACUGGUAGUCCUGGUGUUCCUGUUAAGCAUAGCAUCUCUCAUAAUAUACUUCAUUGACGCUUCGAGAGACGGAGUUGAGAAAUGCCAGUCUUGGUCGACGAACACAACGCAGCAAAUAGAUCUAGCUCUGAAUAUAUUCUUCAUGGUCUAUUUUUUUAUACGUUUCAUUGCGGCCAGCGAUAAGUUGUGGUUCAUGUUGGAGCUAUAUUCAUUUGUUGAUUACUUCACCAUUCCGCCGUCCUUUGUUUCUAUCUACUUAGACCGUACAUGGAUUGGCCUCCGUUUUCUGCGAGCUCUGCGAAUGAUGUCUGUACCAGACAUCUUGCAGUACCUGAACGUCCUCAAGACAAGCAGCUCUAUCCGACUCGCCCAGCUCGUCUCCAUCGUCAUCAGCGUCUGGCUGACUGCCGCGGGAAUUAUCCAUUUGUUGGAGAAUUCUGGCGACCCUCUGGACUUCGCCAAUGCUCGCAAGUUGACGUACUGGGAGUGCGUAUACUACCUUAUCGUAACAAUGUCCACUGUAGGUUAUGGUGACGUAUACUGUCAGACAACACUGGGACAAGUCUUCAUAGUACUCUUCAUACUGGUUGGCUUGGCCGUGUUUGCCAGUUGCAUUCCUGAGAUUCUAGAGUUGAUAGGGACUAGGCCCAAAUAUGGCGGCGAGUACAGGCGGGAGCAUGGGAAAAGGCACAUUGUCGUGUGUGGACACAUCACCUAUGAAUCUGUGUCCCACUUCUUGAAAGAUUUCCUCCAUGAGGACCGAGAAGAUGUAGAUGUAGAGGUAGUUUUUUUACACAGAAAACCUCCAGACCUUGAGCUGGAAGGUCUGAUAAAAAGGCAUUUUACAACAGUGGAGUUCUUUCAAGGCAGCGUCAUGAAUCCAAUUGACUUGCAACGAGUCAAGGUCCAUGAGGCAGAUGCAUGUUUGGUGCUGGCAAACAAGUACUGUCAGGACCCGGAUGCAGAGGACGCUGCCAACAUCAUGAGAGUCAUCUCCAUUAAAAACUAUUCUGAUGACAUCAGAGUCAUCAUUCAGCUGAUGCAGUAUCACAACAAGGCUUACUUGCUGAAUAUCCCCAGUUGGAACUGGAAACGGGGAGAUGACGUUAUAUGCGUGUCGGAGCUGAAGCUCGGCUUCAUUGCACAAAGUUGCCUGGCCCCUGGUUUUUCAACCAUGAUGGCCAACUUGUUUGCUAUGAGAUCCUACAAAACGUCUCCUGACAUGCCCGCAUGGCAAAACGAUUAUCUGUGCGGCACAGGAAUGGAGAUGUACACCGAGAGCUUAUCCGCCUCUUUUACAGGCAUGACCUUUCCUCAGGCAGCAGAGCUUUGCUUUGUGAAAUUAAAACUCCUACUUUUGGCCAUCGAGGUCGCUGUUGAUGAUGGCGCAGAUUCCAAGAUUGCCAUCAAUCCCAAGAAGAAAAUAAAGAUUACUCUUAACACUCAGGGGUUUUUUAUUGCUCAGUCUGCAGACGAAGUCAAAAGGGCGUGGUUUUACUGUAAAAACUGCCACGAAGACAUCAAAGAUGAAAAGCUCAUCAAAAAGUGCAAAUGCAAGAAUCCCACUCAGCCUCCCGUGGGCAACAACAACGACCAGAACCGCGUGAGCUCUGCACCCAAGCCAAAGCCAAGUACAAAAAAACACGACCAGAGCAAUUCGCUGACAUCGCCCAAUGAGCGCGGAGGACGCUCUGCUCCCCCAUCCUACGCCAGUCCUGUCUCUGACACUUCCCACGUCACGCGGACGGCUGCGCCCGACAUGUUUGCUGGCUUACACCUUGCCUAUGAGGUCAAAAAGCUCAUGCCCACGAGCCGGGGAACCAACGGCACCGGGAACUCGCAGAACGAGAAGCCUUUCCCAGUGGGCCUGUCUGACGACCAGGCGAAAGAUUUCGAGAAGACAGAAAUGAAGUACGACUCCACUGGAAUGUUCCACUGGUGCUCGGCACGCCCCAUUGAGGACUGCAUACUGGAUCGAAACCAGGCGGCAAUGACUGUGCUCAACGGCCAUGUGGUUGUGUGUUUGUUUGCUGAUCCCGAUUCUCCACUAAUAGGGUUGCGUAACUUAGUAAUGCCACUUCGUGCCAGCAACUUUCACUACCACGAACUCAAGCAUGUUGUCAUUGUCGGCAAUGUGGACUACCUGAGGAGGGAGUGGAAGAUGCUUCAGAACCUGCCGAAAAUAUCUGUCCUUAACGGCUCCCCCUUGAGUCGAGCGGACUUGCGAGCGGUAAACAUCAACCUUUGCGACAUGUGUGUGAUAUUAUCUGCAAAGAUCCCCAGCAGCGAUGAUCCCACGCUGGCUGACAAAGAGGCUAUACUAGCCUCGCUCAACAUCAAGGCUAUGACCUUUGAUGAUACCAUAGGUGUCCUUACUCACAAUCCCAAUGGUGCUGAGGGAUUCUCCCCACUGGGUAGUCCCAUUGUGAUGCAACGACGAGGCUCUGUGUAUGGUGCCAAUGUGCCUCUAAUCACCGAGCUCGUGAAUGACACAAAUGUACAGUUUCUGGACCAGGACGACGAUGAUGAUCCAGACACAGAGCUCUACCUAACGCAACCCUUUGCCUGCGGUACCGCUUUUGCUGUUAGCGUGCUCGACUCAUUAAUGAGCACUACAUACUUCAACGCGAACGCGCUGACCUUGAUACGGUCACUGAUUACGGGUGGCGCAACCCCUGAGCUGGAGUUGAUCCUGGCCGAGGGGGCGGGUCUUCGUGGAGGCUACAGCACACCAGAGUCCUUAGCCAACAGGGACCGGUGCAGAGUCGGGCAGAUCUCCCUCUACGAUGGACCCCUGGCUCAGUUUGGGGAGGGCGGCAAAUACGGUGACCUCUUCGUAGCGGCUCUGAGGAGCUACGGAAUGCUCUGCGUGGGCCUGUACAGGUUUCGGGACACGAGCUCCUCUGGCGAGGCGUCCUCGAAACGGUAUGUCAUCACCAACCCACCUGCAGACUUCACCCUGCUGCCGACGGACAUGGUGUUCGUCCUGCUGCAGUUCGACCCCGGGUUGGAGUACAAGCCAAACCGGGCCGAGGAGCCAAAGGACGACAACUCUUGACUCCUGCUGUGUAGCGCUUUGACUGACGGGCCUUACUCCUUCAUCUAAAACAGACAACACUCUACCCUGCUGCUUGCCUCCCACGGUGUGGACGGAGAUGGGACAGAGACACCGUACACCCAAAUUGCACACUACAGCGAACGCCACGCACAUAUCCUAGAGGAGCACUCAUUGCAGAGGCUUCUGAAGUGGGGGCUUUUCUUGGCUUUCUCAUUGAGACUCCGGAUGACGCACAGAAGUGGCCUUGUAGCUUAGUUAGGCAUUACACUGUGGGGGAGGCUUCUCUCUGUUCCUUUACUUUCGAGCUGUCGACUAUGGAACAACGAAAAUUUUAAGCUGCCCUGUGGAGGACGUGUGAGCUCUAGGUAGCCACGAGCGGGCCGCUGGCCUCUUGAUUGAAUAGUGCAAGGGCCUCCCAGGGCAAAGAAAGGCCGCCCCAAACUCUGCAGGUGUUCCCCCAGAGUACCAGAAACAAAGAAUAUUAUACGACAACAUGUAAAGCUGACGGCAACCUGUCAGGCCCACUGCUUCCUUGUCACUCGUCGCUGGCGGCACAAGGAGGCAGGUAUCUUCAAAGUAUCUUCUAGAACCUAGGGACGUCUCACGUAAUUCGCCACCUAAUGAAAUGGACACACUACGCAGCAUGUGGUGUCGGCAGUGCCCAUCGUUCGCGAUGCCAGGCAAUGCACACUCAUUCACACACACACACGUACACACGCAUGCACACAGGAGGAAAACUCAAGGGUCGUCUGUUGAGGUCGCUACACGGUUAACGAAUGCAUUGGAAAUGCCUGAAAACGUGCAAAGUGCAACGCUGCUUUCGCAGCACACAUGAAACAAGAGGUCCGACUUGGGACGAACGUCUCGUUUCAACACUCGCUCUGCAUGUCUACUUCUCUGUCCUUCUCUGUUCCCGACUCUCUGCAAUACAAGUGUUUGUUUUGUGUUAAAAGCUUGUACAUUUGACAUACGUCCUGACGCGACCGCGGCGUCGCGGUCUUUGUACGAAAGGGUUCAUAUUUUAUGUACGAGUCAAAGAUUGUUGAAAUCUGUUUAGUUGCAUUGUUUCCAAGCGGAAGCACGUGGUGUACAGUAGUGUUGUAAAGUGAGCAAGUUAAUGCUGAACACUAUGAUGGAAGCUUAACAAUGUGUAACAUACCAUUUUGUGUAUAGAAGUGUACAUACGCACGGCAGCGGGCCUUAACCUGGGCGUGCAUUCGGCCCGAAGAGAGAGGCGUAACUGUGGUCUGUUGUUUCUCCAUGGAGCCUUACAUUUUUCAACCUUCGGUUUCACGUUCGCAUCAAUGUUAGCUCAAGGUCACACCGACGAGAACACGUGCUAUAUACUGUGUAGUUACUACGACGCAGUGCUCCACUCAGCAAGCCCCCUUCCCGCGGACGGGUGGCGUGCACGGCCAACGACCAACUGAAUGUACAACAAAGCGUAGAUACUCGAGUGGCUCUUGCCAGCACCGCUUCGGAGGAGGCCGCCGGCCGUGGAGCUGUUUGAACGGUCGUCAGUUCGUGGUUUUCGCUGGCCACCUCAGCGACCGUCCCCCAUUAUAAUCGGCACUUUCGAUUCGGGCUAAACCCCUUCCCGCCUAGGAAAAAAAAUUCCGCACACUGAAGAGAAACAAAAAAGCGAGAAAAAAAAAAGAAGGCUGCUGACGCUUCACUCUACUUUUUUUUUUUUUCCUUGCGGUUGCUGCGAGGAAGCGUGCGUGAGGGGCAAGUUAUUUCCUACCAGUAGCUGCGUAGGGCACUGCGCAGCGCAGCGCUGAAAAAGAGAACUGUGCGGCAUAAACACAGACACUAGACAAUCCAUGCAUGUUGUGAUUUUUCAUUGAACGAAACUAUGUUGCAAACUCUUUUUUUAUUCUCAUUACACGUGAAGGGGCUCAUUUAUCCCGUCGCGUGGAUGCCCCAGCGGAAAGUCGUUCGGAACUUUGUGAAGCGAGAAGUCAUGGCGCCAGGGAGUGCGCGCAGACUUCUCGUUGACAGUGUGUCAAACUUGAGCAGCAAGGGUCGCUUUCUCGAUAUAUUUAAUUUGGGUGUUUUGUGCCAUUUUCUGCGCCGUGUUUGUGGCGCCCUCAUUUUCCACUAGUUGGGCUAACCGAUUUGACCUGCGUGUGCAUGCUCACUCUUGGCUAACUUUGUGAAGAUUUUGCUUGCUAAAACUGAGCCAGCGGUAUUUUGUUGCCAUUACCCCUGUUACCUUUUCAUGCGUGUGCACUGGACGUUGGUGGCCAAUCUGCUGCUGCUUCUGCUGUUGCUGCUGCUGCAUGUAAGCUUAAAGGAAUUGACAGUUGACUACAACUGCCCAAAGACGGCCUUUCAUUCUUUUUUACAUGAAAUCUGAUAACGCAUUGCCUGUCGUGCACACGUGUUCGCUUUCACAGCAUUGUUGCUCCGUCGUUAUCUGCUGUGACGCAACGAGCUUGAUACGAUACGCAUAACUCAGCGUCUUGAGUAGUCUAAGCGGAGUGAAGCGCAGGCGUUGUGGCCACUUGAAUUGCGAAGAGACGGUGGCGACCCCGAAGCUUCUUUUAUUAGCCAUUCUUUUUUGUUCUUUUUAAAUACCUUUUUGAACACGCAUUACCUCUUUCCGAGAUAUAUGGCAAGCGCGCGUGAAGCAGCCCCACUGUAGAGAGACGCUCCAUCACUCUGCGAGAGGUCGUCACGCUGGUGAAUCAGCGAAUAUUCUAAUUAGCGACAUCACCUCGUAUAUUUGAGGGCCAAUACCGACUGCGCAAAAUGGCUUUGUCAGUGAGGAAACGCAAAGUUUUCGCAGCAUACCGGAAUGCACUAAACGAACGUGCGGCCCAUGAAGUGCAACUGUCUACCUGUGUGUCACUAUAAUUCUCGAGGAACAUAGUUAUCCAGCGGCAGUGGCGCUGUAGGAAAAAAAAACGCGCACCAUAUUUUUUUUCUUUGCAGGGAAGCAUUGUAAGAUAGGCAAGUCACAUCAGUAGACACUGAACACUCCAAGUGGUCGCGGAAUAGAGGCCGAAAAAGGCGUCCCGAUGCUGACGGUCGCCAACAGUCGUAUCAGUGUAAACCUGGCGGUCUUACGCUUUCAGCGUAUAUGGUGAAUUACCCUUCACGCUAUUCAGCAGCAUGACGCGUUUAAGUACGACAGCGGUGACCGACAGUUGAAAUUCAGCUUCGUGUACGAAGCCUUGCCCACGUCGAUAUCUUGAGCCAAGAAAAACAAACGAAACACACGCGAUGGUUCUUUUCACUGUAUUUAAUCGACGAUCAGCGAGUGAUGCGCGCCACACGCUAUUCUCACGAUUAGUUGCGCGGCGCCUAGAAGCGCGUUGAUGUAGGCACCAUUUACCUCCAUCGAGCUUACCUCUCGUAGCAGCGCCCGCAUGUCGUUGGGGUGCGGAACGACCCGUCAAUUGUCUGUUGUCUGACGCUGCUGUUGUUGCGAUCACGAACAAGGCGUUAGAGUCUAUGAGAUCAUUGUUACCGCCGUGCCGUGUGUGCGUGCGCACAUGCAUGUAUAUUGAUCAUUGCUUGGCUAAAUAUAUUGGGAAUCGACUAUUGCAGUUAAGCGCAUUGCAGCGACAGAGACCACCAAUUGUGCGUGCCUGCUCACUGGCAGCAGCAGGCACAAAGCGCAGACUACUAGGAACAUCCUCUCUUCAGUUGCGUGUGUUUCAAUCUUCCUUCGGGAACCCUCGCACAGACGUUUAUUAGGUGGCGGGCAAGUAACGAUCGGCGAAAGCAGUGUGCUCGGGACGGUACUUAUUUCCGUACAUUUUGUUUUAGGCCAGAGGUUUUACUCAUGUUUGUUUAUCAGCCCGAGGAUUACCAGUGGCCGCUUAAAAUUUGUUUCCCCACUAAACUGCAAGGCCCAAAAAUGUUAGCUCGAUUACUCCAUCUUGUAAAUGUUUCUCCCACGAGCAUAAUAAACAUCUGCAUUUAAAUGUUUGUGAGUCACAAUUUUUUUCUUCGUGUUGUUGUUGCCGUUGUUUGUUGGUUGGUUGUUUGCCUGUUGUGUGCCGCUGUAGCAUGCUGCCUCGCCUUUGUUUUCUAGAGUCGUGGUGUGCGUGUCAGUGUGAAUGUUUUCUGUUUUUCUUCAUCUUUUUCUCACACCUUGCCGGCGGGUCUACGUAGUGUUUAAUGUUAAACCCCGUUCUAAUCGGGGUCUGCUCGGCUUAGCUCUCGUUCGCUACUUCAGACCUGCAGCUCUCAAAAGUGUACAUACCACGCCGACUGUGGUGGCUUGAAAACUACUUUGUGACUGUGGCGCACUUUGACCACGAAAACGAAACGACAGCGCCAAAUCAGUUGUGAAAUCUCUCUCUUUUCCUCUUUUUAUUUUAUUGUAAGUAGCAGACAUGCGCCACAUUUGAGAUGCGAAGCACAUAAGCUGUCUUCACCUGACUGGGCAACAACGGCAUUUUUCACGCGUCUACCAUUGCACUGGGACCCUUUUGUUCACGAGGGGGAAAAGAGAGAUUUCACAAUGAACAGAACCCCGGUUCCGCUUCUGUUCAGCACCACCACUUAAGAUCCUUUCGCAGGAGCGGAAACAGGGCAAUUCUGCCACACUUAGCGGCCCCGAUUCGGACUAACCGGCGCUUUGCGCGCGUUUGAGAGUGCGUCACAGAACCAAGCGUAUGCCGAUAGUAUAGACCACUGUGCGAUGCUGCAUUGACGGUGCAUGUGAUAAUGAGUGCAUAAACAUGAACGGAAGCAUUUUCCCCAUGUUUGUGUGCUAGAUUGUGUGUUGUGCAUUUGUUUGAGUUCGUCCUUUCACUGCGUCCAAGCCCACAUCACCACCACAGGCUUGACUUGAAUUCCCAACACCAGCAAUUGGGAACUUGGGUCAGCCUUUGCACACGACGACACCGGCCCAGUCAGGUGGAGAACACAUUGUGCACGCAAUGGCCUCAAGUUUGUCCAGCCACAUGUCUGCCACUUACCACACUCUCUCUCGAUGUCCUCGCCUCUACAGUUUUGUUUCGUUUCUUCUUCCUGUGAAGAGCGUGCGUGAUAGCAACGUCUCUCCUGUAAUUAUUCUUUCACACUCUGCAUCUUUCCUUUCAUGUGCUGUCUGCGUCUCUCUCUCUCUCUCUCUCUCUUGCAUUCGAUGUACGUCUAUAGUACACUUGCAGCCUCAUGCCGUUUUGUUGCUCCUUCACUGUACUUGUCUUAAGUUGUACUCGCAAUAAAUGUUGGUUUACCGUCGUCA